AUGCCCACUUCCGAUCCCGAGAAGCUAAUUGCCAAGGCUGAUAAACAAACUAAACUGAGUCUUACAAGAUGGAGUGCUGAUUGGAGAAAUGCAACUCGUUUAUAUGAAGAAGCUGCUAAUUUGUUUAGGGUUGCCAAGAAAAAUGAGAAAGCAAAAGAAGCAUUUGAGAAAGCUUCCAAAGGACAAGAGAUGCUGUCUUCACCUUGGGAUGCUGCUAAGCAUAUGGAGUCUGCUGGGGCUCUAGCAAAGGAACUACGCAACUGGAAUGAAGUCACUGACUUUUAUAGAAGAGCAUCUGAGUUGUACAUGGAGUGUGGGAGACCACAGCCAGCAUCAGAUGCUCUAGCUAAGGCUGCUAGUGCUCUGGAAGAUGCUAUGCCUGAUGCUGCUGUUCAGCUGUACAAUGAUGCUUCUGCUAUUCUUGAAGAGGAUGGCAAAGAACAGAUGGCUUUUGAUCUAUACCGGGCUGCCACUAGUGUGUAUAUAAAGCUUGAGAAGUAUAGUGAUGCUGCAGCUUCUUUGUUGCAAUUGGGUCUAGCAGCAGAUAAAUGCAAUGCCACCAAUAGCCAGUGCAAGGCAUAUCUUGGUGCAAUUAUUGUGUACCUUUAUGCUCAUGACUUCAAGCAAGCAGAGAAGUGCUACAAUGAUUGUUCACAGGUUGAUGCUUUUCUGAGAAGUGACCAGAACCGCUGUGCCAGUAAACUGCUUUCAGCUUAUACAGAAGGUGAUAUUGAAGAAAUCAAACGUCUAGUUCAGUCCAGCACUGUUUCACAUCUUGACCACGUGGUAAUCAAGCUAGCAAGAAAGCUACCUACUGGUGAUGUUAGUUCAUUGAAGACUGAUGCUAGCAAAGAGGAGGAAGAACCAUUGGAUGAGAAUGACCUCACAUAA